AUGGCGAUGCUGUUAGACCAAUACGUGGUGGAGUUGGGGCAACUUUGGUGGCUAACCAACCAAGAGAUUCAAGAGGCGGCGGCCGCGCAUCCGGAGCAGGUCCAAAAGGCAAGAGCGGCUUCAGGACUCCCUGAUCACGAGGCACGUCCAGGCUUCAGGGUGGGCAUCGUUGUCUUUGCGGCUGAAGACUCACCGAGCUUCUCCGUAGAGUACCAGCUGGAUGAGCACACAGUUCAAGUUGUCCAGGUGCACCGUGGCCAUGAGUUUUUGCCGUGGCCUGCCCUGCUCCAGAUGGGUCGAAAGAAUCUUCGAUGUGUGGAUUGGGCAGCCCUGAGCCCAGAAGUGUUAAAGGGAUCAGGUGGGGGCAACAUGAGUGACUUCGCUCUGUCACGAUCUGUGAGGCGUGGUGAAAUCAUCGACUUUUUCGUUUCCCACUCUUCGUCAGACAGCCCAGCUCGAAAAUGGAAAGCUUUUCAGCUUGUGGCAGAGGACUUCUACGAGAAGAACGGUCGGUAUCCCACCUUUUGGAUUGACAAAUUUUGCAUUAACCAAAAGCAAAUCGCUGAUGGCUUGCGGGUUCUCCCGGUGAAUGUCAUGUCGUGUCGGAAGAUGCUGUGCCUGAGCGGGAAAACUUAUCAUGCCCGGCUUUGGUGCGCUUGGGAGCUCUGUGUUCCGCUGUCAUUUAUGUCAAUGCAGAUGGCAGUGAAGCAGAUCGUUGUCGUUCCGCUUGUGGAAUCUGCCUUGGUUGCUCUCACCGUUUUUGAUUCGUCAGAAGCUCGCUGUUACGAUCCGAAUGAGGAACACCGUCUGCGCCGAGUGAUUGAAGCAAUUGGACAGCAGCGCUUUGAGAUCAAGAUCCGAGCUUUGGGGCAGUUGCUGCUCGACCGUCAUGUGAACGGUGACAGCCUCUUCAUGGCAACCGGCAGUGGCCUUGAGUUGGAGCCCGAGAGUGAGGUGGAAGCAAGACAAUCUGGGACAGAUGGCCUUACAGGUUCUACACGUCCUACAGGUGCUCCACGUCCUACCCCACCGACAGAGCAGGUGGACGGCGAGCCAAUGAUUCAAGUGAUGUUCUGA